AUGUUUGAUUUUAUUUAUAUUGAUGCUUCACAUGUUGCUUGCGAUGCCUUAUUGGAUGCUGUUUUAUCUUGGAAUUUGUUAAAAGAAGAUGGAAUUAUGAUUUUUGAUGAUUACGAUUCGGAUCUUUAUAAAGAGGAAUUUUUUAACACCAAAAUAGCUGUUGAUUCGUUUUUGAGGUGCUAUAAACAACAUAUAAAAGUUAUUGAGAAAUAUUACCAAAUGGCUAUUAGGAAGGUUAAACCAACUACAACAUUUGAAAUGAUAGCUUGUAAUCAAAAAGAUGAGCCAACUCAAGUUUAUGAAGAAUAUGAAGGAUAUCCAACAACCGAUUCUGAAACCUUAUCAUCCAUUUUGCCAUUACCAAAUAAUUUAUUGACCACUACCAGCCAAAAAAAUCAUUAUAAGAGAGGUAGGCCUCAUGAGAGUUUCAUUUGUCAACACUUUAGUGAUCAUGAUUUGAAUAAUGUUUCUAUUUUAAAACAAAUAUUGCAACCUGAUAAUGAU